AUGGACCGCCUCACCAAGAACAAGAGGAAACAUCAGCUUUCUGACGCCGGCCAAAACCCCAAAAAGCGUCAAAAGUCUGUCGUCGCCAAGUCCGGCCCGUCUAAGAAGCGCUCCGUCGGCGUCAACUCGCUGCCAUGGAAGAAGGUCGAUGUUCCCGAGAUGUUCGACGAUGCGGAGGGUUUCUAUGGCCUGGAAGUGAUCGACGGUGUUGAUAUCGUCAGAAAUGGCGACCAAGUCGCGUUCGUGACCGACCUCCCCUCCGCCGAUGAGAUGGACAAAGACGACGAGUUCGAAGGCUUCAGCGAUUCUGAGCCUGCCGCUGCCGCAGAAGAAAAGCCCGAUGAAAAGGCCGAGACGAAGAAGGGCAAGAAAGACAAGAAGGCGAAGCCUGCAAAGACCGAAGAGAAGACAAAGGAGAAGAUCGCCGCACAGAACACCGAGAACGCGGACGAGCCCGCCUCCGAACCAGAAGCCGAGAAUACCGAGGGCAAGAAGAAGAACAAGAAGGAAAAGAAGCAAAAGAAGGCCCAGCCCAAGCCAGAGGACUCGAAGCUCGUCAGCAACGUCUUCUCCGCCCUCGAAGCGACGGAAGAGGCCGAGGAGGAUGAGGAUCUUGACAUGGGAGAGUGGACCAAACUCGGCCUGUCGCCAGCCACAGUCUCCGCCAUCGCAAAGCUCAAGUUCACUAAGCCUACCAAAAUUCAAGCGUCCUCAAUACCCGAUAUCCUUGCUGGCCACGACGUCAUCGGAAAGGCGUCCACUGGUUCCGGUAAGACGCUCGCGUUUUCGAUCCCGAUCGUCGAGGAUUGGGUUGAGAGGUUUGAAGCCAAGGAGGGAGAAGAGAAGGGCGAACAUACCCCGACCGCGCUGAUCCUCUCACCGACGAGAGAACUGGCUCACCAGAUCACGAAUCACAUCAAGAAUCUCUGCGCCGGUCUUGCCAAUGGUCCCUACGUCUGCUCGGUUACCGGAGGUCUUUCAGUGUUCAAGCAGCAGAGGCAGCUUGCCAAGGCGGACAUCGUCAUCGGUACCCCUGGUCGUCUGUGGGAGGUGCUCAGCUCCAGUACGGACAUGCUCACAGCCUUCAAGAAUAUCAGGUACCUGGUCGUCGAUGAGGCUGACAGACUGCUGAGCGAGGGACAUUUCAAGGAGGCUGGCGAGAUCCUGGACGCGCUUGACAGAGAAGCAGUGGACGAGGAAGACGACGACAACAAGCAAUUGUCCGCUCGCCAGACUCUCGUGUACUCUGCCACCUUCCACAAGGGCCUGCAACAGAAGCUCGCGGGCAAGGGCAAAUGGGGUCUCAUGUCGGAAAACGAGUCGAUGGAAUACCUCCUGAAGCGCUUGAAUUUCCGCGAAGAGAAGCCCAAGUUCAUCGACGUCAACCCCGUGAAGCAAAUGGCGACUGGUUUGAAGGAGGGUCUGAUCGAGUGCGGUGCCAUGGAAAAGGAUCUCUACCUUUACACCGUGCUCCUUCUCAACCCCAACCGCCGUACCCUAGUCUUCACCAAUUCCGUCGAUACCGUCCGCCGCCUCACCCCAAUGCUUCAGAACCUCAACAUCAACGCUUUGGCCCUCCACUCCGGUAUGCCGCAAAAAGCCCGUCUCCGCUCCGUCGAGCGCUUCACAGAUACCAAGCCCAACACCACCUCCGUCCUCAUCGCCACCGACGUCGCUGCCCGCGGUCUCGACAUCCCGGGCAUCGACCAGGUCGUCCACUACCACGUCCCCCGCGCCGCCGACAUGUACGUUCACCGCUCCGGUCGCACAGCACGCGCAGAGAGGUCCGGUCUGAGCAUCAUCCUCUGCGGACCCGAGGAGGUCGUGCCCACGCGGCGUCUCGCGGCAAAGGUGCACGCCGAGCAGGCGAGCAAGAAGAAGUACCUCAUGCGCACGAUCGAUAUUGACCGGCGCAUCGCGUCCAAGCUCAAGCCGCGCGUAGACCUCGCCAAAAAGCUCACCGACGCGACGCUGGCCAAGGAGAAGGGAGGCAAGGAGGACGACUGGGGCCGCAAAGCGGCCGAGGAGCUCGGGGUGGAGUAUGACAGCGAUGAACUGCAGAAGGCGGGCAGCUGGGGUGGGAGGGGCAGCCAGAGGAAGAAGAAGCAGAGGGAGAACCAGCAGGUGACUAAGGCCGAGAUGGGCGCUAUGAGGGCGGAGUUGAGGGAGCUGUUGUCGAGGAGGGUGAAUGCCGGUGUGAGCGAGAAAUAUCUUACUUCCGGCAGCGUGGAUAUCGAGGAGCUGUUGAGGGGUGGGAAGGGGGAUUUCUUGGGCAAGGUUGAUGGGCUUGAUCUUGAUGAUUAA